AUUUUCCCUUUUAGAACAUAUCAAUAUUUUGUUUGCUUCUAUCAUUCCUCCCAAUUACUACAUUCUGUUAAGUGUCAUUCCCCUUCGUAAAAAUAUUAUACUAUGCCGGAUUGUUCAGAAAAUUUGUCGGUCGUGAUCGAUAAUCAUGUUCCUAGCCUGGAAGAACUGAAAAUGGUUUUCCAAACUUCUCUGUUAUCGAACUUUGAGAAUGUCGAAGUAAAUAUUGUCGACUGCCCGGAUUUAUCGAAGCCCCCAUUCAAUCAAAAAUCAUCUGGAUUUGGCCAUAAUCUCCGUAUCGCUGAAGUAGGUGGGCCUGGAAAUUUGUAUCCAGGCUUUCACAUCGACCAUCAGUUUGAUAUUCCAAAAAUUGGAAAAGUGUGUGAGCAUCCAGAAGCAGCAGUGUUUGGUCCAGGGGCUGGCCCAUGGCCUAUUGUAGGCCAGAACUGUGAGAUGGUAGCUGAUGUAAAUUUAAAAACUGGUGAAGUUGGAACAAGGAUCGCUGAGAUCAAUUCAAACUCCGACAAACGUUAUGUUCAACGAAUCAUCGAUGAACCAAAGUUCAGUUUGAUGGCCAAUUUAGCAUUAUCAGAUGCUGAUAAGUCAUCCACUGUUGUUCAUUUCAAAGCAUCCGUAAGAAAGGGAGAGAAAAACUUGACCAAUUGUAUUAGAGAUGGACUUCAAGAGCAUUUUGGGAAAAAAAUUGUUUCGUUGGCUGGUCAAUUCAUAAUCCAAACCGGAAAAGCUAGACUCCACGUGAUGCCAGAUUUUCCAGGCUGUCCAUUCGAAAAUAAUGCGGAAGUUGAUAAAUGGCUCAACUAUUUUGAAAUGAGUGCUCCAUUAAUCUGUGCCACCGUCAUGCACUCUUAUGAUCCGGGUCAUAAUUUGAGAUUAGAGCAUACUCAUUGUUACAGUGAUCAUGGAGAUGCCGGUCAUUAUCAUUAUGAUGUUACUCCUGAAACUGUGUCUUAUGAGGGUUGGUUUGCUCCGGCGAGCAAAAUUUAUCGGAUUGAUGAGAUCAAAAAUCGGUAAUCCGUCUUUCCUUUUACUUCCUUAUCUUCCACUUUAUUCUUCCUACUAAACAAUACAACGCGAGUUAAUAUAUUAAUCACUUUAUUAUUGAUAAAAAUUAUGUAUCAAAACCAUAUAAAUAAAUACCCGUAUCA